AAAAUAAAUUAAUUUAUUUAUACCUGUUCCGACCACAGAGUAGUGUCUUCCAUUUCUAUCCAUAAUCUUCUCUACUAUAUAGUGUUAUUGCCUGUCACUAUGCUAAACUUGAUUUCAAAAAAUCCAACUCACUGAAUUUAAAUGAGCUAAUAAAAUAAGCUCGAUCAAAAAUCGAAUCCAAAGUUCGAUCAUAUCAGCGUUUUUUAUUUUUUCUAUUCAUUGUGAAACACAAAAAGAAAAAAAAAAACUAAAACGUAGCUAAAAUUGCAAUUUUUUGUUUUGGCAUUUUUGUUGAUUUAUAUCAAAUUUCUUACAAAGAUAAGCAUUUUAUUUUAUUAUUUUUGUGUUUAAACAAAAGACGAUAAAAGUCAUAAUGAGCGUAAUUGAAGACAGUAACACUCAAGAAUCUGAAGGCGAACGUAGUGGUGGUGGUCAUCAUCGCGGACAUAAGCACCAUCGUCGUACACAUCGUGAACGCACCAGCAAACGAGGAGAACACAAAAGUCACAGAGGAGAACGUGGUGGUACAUCAGACACAGAUCAAAGUUCUAGUCGAAGGAGACAUCGUCGCAGUAGAAAACCCUCAAAAAUGGGUUCAUUUUGGGCAAACCUUUUAGCAAGUUUGCUGAUAUUUGUCCACAUUGCCAUCGACACCGUCCUUGAAUUCGGUUUAGGAUGGUAUUUGGGUGAUAAGAAACGGUCGCCAGCGAUAAGCUCUGACGAUCAAAAGCUUUGCACAAAAAGUGCAGUCGAAUUGGCAAAGUUAAUUAGGGAAAGGAAACUCAAAGCUCACGAUGUUGUCAAGGCUUACAUUGACCGCAUGAAGGAGGUGAAUGUAUCAUUAAAUGCAGUUGUAGAUGGUCCCUUUAUGGAAGCCCUUGAUGAAGCCAAGGAAAUCGAUGAAAAAAUUGCCAGUGGGCAGUUGACUGAGGUUGAUUUUACUAAAAAGCCAUUCCUUGGAGUACCCUUUACCACAAAAGAUAGUACCUCAGUGAAGGGGAAACUCCACACACUUGGACUGAUAUCUAGGAAGAAUGAGAAAUCACUUGUUGAUGCCGAGUGUGUAAGAUUAAUGAAGGAAGCAGGCGCAAUCAUUAUUGCGACCUCUAACGUUCCCGAAGUUAAUAAAUGGAGUGAGAGUCGGAACUCAUUAAUUGGACAGACUAACAAUCCGUAUGACACUAGAAGAAGUGCUGGUGGUUCAUCGGGAGGGGAAGCUGCUCUCAUUGCAGCUUGUGCAACUGGAUUUGGAUUGGGAACCGACAUUGGAGGAUCAAUUCGUAUUCCAGCAUUUAAUUGUGGUAUAUUUGGUCAUAAGCCAACAGUUGGAGCAAUUAAUACAAAAGGUUGUACAUUCCGGACUGGAAAAGAGAAAGAAACAAUGGUAGUUGCGGGACCUAUGUGCCGACAUGCAACUGAUUUGAUGCCUAUUUUUAAGGUUCUUGUGGAUCCAGAAAUGUCGACAGACUUAAAGUUAAACGAAGAAGUUGAUGUAACAAAAUUGCGUUACUUUUAUAUUCCUAGCAAUGAUAUGCCUGCUUGCAAUCCAGUGAAUCGUGAAGCGCAAUCAUUGAUGUUCAAAUUAACACGUUACUUCUCAGACCUCACUGGCGAAGAAGUAAAACAAGCAUCAUUGCCAGGAACUGAAAUUAGUGGCAAACUAUGGCGUUACUGGAUGACUCGUGAACCGGCCGAUUUUAAUAAAUUACUUGGCAAUGGAGCCAAUUUGAAUCCCUUUGUAGAGCUUUUCAAGAAAAUCAUGGGAAAAAGUGAAUUCACUAUGGCUGCUAUAUAUUCACUCAUCGAUGGAUUGCUCCCUGCUGAAAAGGCUCCUCUAAUGGAAGAAGCAACAACAAAAUGCAGUGAAGCAUUAGCUGAGAUGCUGGGUGAUGAUGGAGUCUUAUUCUUCCACAGUUCACCACGAACUGCACCAUUCCAUUACUAUCCACUUGUUAAGAUGAUGGAUUUCGCUUAUUUUAGUAUUUUCAAUGUUUUACGUGUACCAGCUACCCAGGUACCCAUGGGAUUGGACUCGAAAGGCAUGCCUCUUGGUAUUCAAGUUGUGGCUGCCAAAAAUUGUGAUAGACUUUGUCUGGCUGUAGCUGAAGAACUGGAAAAAGAAUUUGGUGGAUGGGUUGCACCUUUCGAAAAUAGAAAUUAGUACAUUCUUUUUUAGGACUUAAGGUUUUUUGUAAAUUGGUGAAAGGCAUUGUUAAGUUUUUGUUUUCUUAUAUAUGUGUACAUAUCUAACAAUAAGAAUAACAUAAAGUGAAAUUAUAAUAAAUGUUAAUAAAUUACCUUAAUUAAAAAAAAUACUAAAUAACUAAACAUAUAAUAACCUCA